AUGCUCAAUGAAACUCAUAAACUUGUUUUUAAUUUUUUAUUCCACAGAUUUAUUGAGGACAGGUACAAAUACAUGUGUGAAGUUGCCCAAUCCAGAGCAAUACUUUCUCUAGGAAUUUCCUGUUUUAAGUUGAAGAAGUUAAAGCCCCACAAGGAGACAAAACACAAGGAGUCAGAUGAGAUACUUAAUGUCAAAGUCAACACUUUUAAUAUUGUUGUUCUUUGUUUGGAAAAUUUUAUUGUGGAACCAGCUUCGUUAAAGUUUUUGGUUGAGCAUGGAUUUGAUUUUAACAAACAGUAUUCCAGAGGAGUGCCCUACAGAAGAGGAGACGAUCAGGUGAGUGUGUAUUUUCCUCAGAAGGUUGGAAAGAAAUUUAAAAGUGCAACAAUAACACACCUUACUUGCAUAUCCUGAUUCCCUAUUAAUUAUGCCAUCUUAGUAUGUGUGUGUGUGUGUUGGGGGGGUGGGGGGGGGGGGGGCAAGAUGCAUCUGGCCUGAAUUUAGAAUUUAGAAACCUGUGUGUAUUCUGACUGUCAGUAUUUUACUGUUCUAUUAUUUUUCACUUGUUUUCAUUGGUUCAAUUUUAUCUUUGUUUCAUUUGUGGCUUUUUUAUUUAUUCUUUUGUCACUGUUUUAACCCAUUGACGCCCAGGACUUUUUAUGUUUUCGAGUGAUUUUCUACAUACACACAAUCCAAAUGAUUUUGUGACUCCGAAUUUGGGGCUACCAUAGAAAGUGGUACUAUCCUAAAACAUAGAAGGCUUGAGUUUUCUGACCGUGUCAUUAUGACGUAGUCAUUUUGCCUCGUUGAGCUAAAAUAAUGGCUCUAGUAUAUGGUUUGUAUGCAAUUUUUGGUAAGGGUACAGUCAAUUUCAUCUUUAGAGGCUGCCUGAUAAACAUCAUUAAGCAUGACGGCAGUGAAGAGUCCACUUUCUCAAAGAAGCAAGUAAGGUGAUGUACUUUGUUUGCAAAUUUGGCUUGUUCCUCGUGGAACUGGAAAAAUGGCCCCCCGAAUUGAAGUUGCUAUGGGACUUAACUACUGAUGAAUUUCUUGACCUGCUACUGCAUAUUUUGGAACUUACAACCACUGGAAAUCGCAGCAAUUGCGAAUUUCUUUGGUAGGUCAGAGUGGCUGUGGACUUAGUAUAAACAUGAAAAAAGUGGAGGAACGAACGAACCCUGUCAAAAAUUCGGGCUAUUUCCCAGCAUGCAAUGCAGUCGUAAUGUUAAAAAUGGAGGCAAGGCCAGGAUGCACUAGAACAAAAGGUUGUAGCUCAGCCUUGGAAAUGACUAAGAACCAAAAAAGGCACUUCUAAUCUAAGACAAGGACUGAAUUUUACUGUGAAUGUUGACUUUUGGUUUUGCAAUGAUGAUUUAUGUAAAAGAAGCCAAAGGUAAAAAACAUGAUUUUUGUCGUUUUUCUAUGACGUGAAAAUGGUCAUUUUUGUUCUUGUCCAAAAUCAAAAGGUGAUAUUAUGCAAAAAAGCUGGCUUUUUGGCAUUUAUUUGAUAUCCCAAUUUGAAGGACAUUCUACUCAAUGCUCAGAACUGACAGUUAAGGCAAUGUUUGCCCAAUUGAGAAAGCUGCAAAUGUCUUAAAGCAGCCUUGUAGUCUUAUAGCCUUGUAGGGUCAGUUGGCUGUCAGUGGGUUAAAGCAAUCUUUACCCUAACAGGGCCUCAGUAAUAUUAUUGCUCAUGGCCAAGCCUUUAGUUAAAUAAUAAUUAUGGCAUCUUUAAUAUUAAAUUAAUUUUCUUUGAUGUAUAACCAAAUUUCAUGAUCAUGUGAAAAAUGCGCACACCCUCAGUUUUGUUGGCAAAUGUGUUUUGUAAACCUGUUAGAGUGUCAAACAAAAUUAAUUAGAAUUACUGUGGUUUCCCUUCAAUCACUUCUUCAAAGCGGUCUGCACAUACAUGUAACUUUUACCUUAUUUUUUUACAUAAUCUGCUAUGCAUACAAAUGAAGUGGCCUGGAAAAAUCCAUUUGUGCAUUAUGCACCUGCUAGUACGGCUUGUCAUUAUUAACAUUGUAGAGCCGGGAGAGUUGAAAAAACUGACCCCCACUCCGCGGACUACCCACUGACCCCACUCCGCGGACUACUCUACGGACUACUCCGCGGACUACUCUACGGACUAGUCCGCGGACUACCAUGCGGACUACCCUAACUAAUCAACCAAAUUUACUUUCACGGAGAAAAGAGUUAGAAGAAGCGUACCUGCCUACAAGAUCACACUUGAUAAACAGCCGCCAUCUUGAUUUUCGCCAUUUUACUCGACCCAGCUCUCCUUUAGCCUCGCCCCAGUCUUCAUCGGCCACAAGUCAGAGCACGCCGUUCAGCCAAUCGAUGACCACUAUUGGCGCUGGUAACAGUUUUUGUUAUAUUCAGCUUAAAAAUGUUUUUAAGAACUUACUUAUAGCCGUGCUUGGAAGUCACCAUAUUUUUGGAUUCACCUGGCCCACAAGGCCCUUGGAGACGUAUUCUCCUACGUAGGGCACGCAGUCGUUAUUUGGAUCGUCACGCGAGGUUUGGAGAGAAGCGUUGCGUGACGAUCCAAGAAUGGAAGCUGCAAUGGACGUAGCAAUGAAGAAGAAGGGCUGGGUCGAGUAAAAUGGCGAAAAUCAAGAUGGCGGCUGUUUAUCAAGUGUGAUCUUGUAGGCAGGUACGCUUCUUCUAACUCUUUUCUCCGUGAAAGUAAAUUUGGUUGAUUAGUUAGGGUAGUCCGCAUGGUAGUCCGCGGACUAGUCCGUAGAGUAGUCCGCGGAGUGGGGGUCAGUUUUUUCAACUCUCCCUUGUAGAGCCUUUGGUGUUUAUGAAUAGAUACAAAACAUUUUUGUGUUUGUCUUGUUUAGAAUGUCAACAAUAUGUCAGAACAUUCUCUGAGAAAUCUUUUCAGUGAACUUGUCAUGGCAAAUAAGCCACUUGUUCUGCACAAUGGAUUCUUAGACCUAGUGUUCCUUUAUGAGAAUUUCUACUGCAAAGUGCCAGACAAACUGCAGGUGUUUACUGCUGAUGUGUCCGACAUGUUUCCAGCUGGAAUAUUUGACACCAAAUAUGUAUCUGAGUACAGUAUCCGAGAAUCAGCUUCAUAUCUGCUUUAUCUCUUUAAAAAGUGGUAGGUAUAUGUAUUUAAUAAUAAUAUUUUUUGAUUUUAUCUAUACUGUUUUUGUCUUUUGUGUUUUUGACGUAACUGAGAAUCUUUUGCAGUACCAUAUAUCUUUUCUUUUUGCUUUGUAGUCAGCGAUGUAAUGAGCGCAGCCAAAAGCGUGAGGAAAAACACGUGUGCUUGAAGUUUCCUGAAGAAGCCUCACUUUUAUGUUUUACUGAAGAAUUGUUCUGUGGCGCGCGUGAUGAAACUGAGGCUGUUCCUAAUGUUGUCACUGUCUGUGAGAAGUUUGCAGUAAGUUUAUCAUAGAAUACUUUUCAAGUGAUUGUUGUCAUCAACCUAUUUUUGAAAAAAUUGUUUUGGCCUAAACAAGAUGCAAGAACAAUGUAUCAAAUGCCCAUCAGAUCUUGACAAGAAUACUUGUUGUAGGAAAAUACUUUUGUGUAGGCAAGUCACAAUUGGCCUUGGUGAAUGUGUUUCUUUGAUUUCGCGAGAAAUUGUUAGAGUGUUUGUAGCUAUGCAGUCACACUUUGUGUCAAAAAGCAUAAAACAACUGCCAAAAAUCACUUUCAGGACUUGAUAGCCUUAAAUACAGUCACAAUGUACAUCCUGGACUUGAAAAAGACUGCUAAUUUGAACUGUUGGACAUAUUUUCUAAGAUGCUGUUUUGCAUUAGUCUGAAAUGCCGGUCCUCUCUUCACCCCACCCCCCACCCCCCAACGGGUGGCCAAUCUCCCUUGUCUGGUAACCCAUUUGGGGGGUGGGGGGGGGUGGGGUUACAUGAAGAUAUGGCUGAAAUUUAACACUACCGGUAGUUUGGAAUAAGCAUCUGUUCAGCUUCCGUUUAGGGCUCAAAGCAGUCGUAUUUUAUGACUGAAAUAGUACUAAUGUUCAGGCUUUUCAGGAAUUUCAGGCUUCUAUUUCCUACUUGAGCAAUAAACGCUUAUCAACGUAAGCUGUUUAUGUAGAGUAUUGCUGUUUCAGUGAAAGGGUUAAAGGAAGUGCUUCUUUAUGAUUCUCCACAGGCUCAUGGAUUUUGUCCUCGAGAGAAAAGCUGCCCCUUUUCACAUGAUGUUGAUGAUGUUUUGGAUCGAGAAUGGAAAGCAAGAGAAUCAAAGAGACAAAAAAGGAAAAGGAAACAAAAAAGCUCAGGUAAUGGAUGUGUGCGUGCAUGUGUGUUUGCAUAACAGUCCCUUCUCUGUUAACAUGAAACACAAAGUAAAAAAAGAUAUGCACAUAAAGAGAUAACUUCAUAUGAGUAUGGAUCCAAAAACUAAAAAUAUGGUGACUUUUCCAGCACUAGACCUUCAUCAGUUCGUUUGUCUUAGCCUUUUACAGAGCAAAUGUACUUUAUCAACCUAGUUUUCGUGUUUUUCUUUGGUUUUGACAAAUUCCCAGAAUAAUCUUUUCAAAUAUUGUAGUUUAAUCGACUGAUGGGCGAUUUCUUAUCAAAUCCAAUCAAUAGAAAGUGUUUACAGUCUAACCCUAUGUAAUAGUCUUUUUUAAUAUAUGAAUUUAUUUUCACACAGGCAAUAAUGAAAAUGACAUACAAACGGCCUGCAAUAACAGUGUGAUGGCAGAGGAUAAAUCUGAGCAUUCACUCACUUGUGAUAGGCAGGAAGGUUGCAUGACGUCAUCGCUAUAUGGCAACUUGAAUCAAUCCAUCAAAAAGACUCGUAACUGCGGACACAGGGCGGGAUUUGAUGCUUUUAUGACAGGCUAUUGUAUGGCGACAUAUCUUCUUCAACUUGGCAAGAAAAAUGACGAAAAUGAACUUAGCCUCUCCUCCCUGGGGGAAAUUGCAAACAAAUUGAGCCUCGCAAAGAAGGACGUCCCUCUGCAGAUUGCGCGGAGUCAUUUUUCCAAGCCUUCACCAUCACACACAGAAAAACUAAAACGACUUAGAGAAAAUUGCGCUUCACAAAGUCUGGACCAGUAA